AUGGCGUACUCUAUAGAAAACUUAAGAAUAUGGCAAAGUGGGAGCUGGGUGAGAUAUGCACCAAAAUCGUCACACUUUUUAUUACGAUUGCAAUACGACCAACUUUUAAUAACGACAGAAGAUAAAGUGUUAGAAUCUUUAAAUAUAAAUGGAAAACUCAAGGGUAUUAUUAAGGAUGACAUAUUAUUAAUAAUUAUCAGCGUAACUUGUCAGGAAGUACGAAAAAUUAAAUUUAAGAUAACUAAAAAUUUACCGAAGUGUCUUAAAGAACUAAGCGCACGCUUUCCUAUUCUAACUUACGGUUCAGCUGCAACUAAAACCAAAGUUGUAGCUAAAUAUCGUAAGAUAGAAGAUGUUAUUCAAGAUGUCGUCGAGGGAAAAGGUUUACUUGAAGGCAAGCCAUCAUUACUACCAAAGCCUCGUCGACCGGGUUCCUCCGACCGUCUAUCGACGGAGGCUCGCCGCCCUUCUACAGCAGGACAUCGGUCAAGUAGCGCUGAACCAGCCAGGGGAACGUUUGGUGCUCGUCUGAGCAGAGAAGCGUCUGCUACAAAAUUACCUUUAAAUUCGAGGUCUCGGUCUCAGACAGGGGAGGCGAGAUAUGGCCAGGCUACCACCACACCUUUGAGAUCUAGUCAUUACUCAAGACCUACUACAACUCCAGUGAGAACACCAUCAGAGGACAGAAGCAGUCGCAGCUGGCAAACAUGUUUAGAGAGGGCUCUGGCUUUUGUUACUGUCAAGGACCAAAGGCCACUGUCGAGUGCUGCAUGGCAGCGUUCGGAGAGCGCUCGUGUGUCGGAGGCGCUGGCGGCUCGCGGAGUGGGCGCGGCGCUCCUGCGGCCGCUCACCAUCGCGCGCUUCGUCGACGUGGCGGGCGCGCUGCUGGCCGCCGUGUCGCGCGACGUCAAGCUCUCUACCGACAACUACGUCACCAAGCUGCCACACCUGUCGAAGCGCCUGCUAUACCCGGGCACCGUGUCCAAGUCGUGGCUGCGGACUGUAAACACGCUGCACGCCUACCCUCACGCACUCGCUCUCAUCGCCUAUCUGCUGGACCUUGUCUCUCAUAUCUUUUUAAAGGAAAUGCCAGUUCUUGAUGAAUGGCUCUAUGUGGCAAAAGAUGAAUUGGCAUGUCUUCGACGUGACUACUUGUGUAAGUGUUGGAUUAGAUUUCAAGACCCUGGACAUCAGUUUGAAGAUUUAAAUGAGGAUUACUUGCAAAAUUUAAAAUUACUUUUGGGAAAUGAUGAAGAGAAAAUAGCGGAAUUGCAUCAAGUUAUUAAAAAGUACGAGUCGUGCCUGGAGGACGAGGCGGAGCUGGCGGCGCGCAGAGAUGAGGAAAGGCGGGCGGCGAGGAGGGACGCGCUGCAGGCGGCGCUGCGGGGCGCCAGGGCGGCCAGGAGGGACGCCGACCACCUGGAGGCGGCGCGCCAGCUCGACCUGGAGGUGGAGCGCGCCAGCGCCGAACUGGAGCAUCUCCGCUCCGAGCUGUCAUCGCAGUCGCUGUCAGUUGCAGAGCGGGCUCGGCUCUUAGAUGAUGUGGACUACGCGGCGCGCGUUCACGACUCCAAGCGAGCACUCGCUGAGCAAAUCGCUAAGAUGGUGAUGAGUAAGGAAACUGAACUAGCAUUGUGGCAGAAGAAGACGCUUGAUAGUUGUGUAGAGUACAAGCAGGGGCUCAUACAUUUGUCUGCACAAAUACCUUCGUUGGCUUCACUUGCUGUGGACGAGAACUCCCUGAUGGGCGCGGAGUGCGCGGAACGCCUGAGCGCGGCGGUGGCGGCUCUACGCGCGGAGGCGGGCCGCCUCGCCACCGCCCGCGCACACUGCGCACGCGCCCGCUCCGCGCUGGCCCGCCGCCGCGCGCUGCUGCUGGAAGAGACUCGUACGAAAAUAGCAGAAGUGAAAGCUAGUGUCCAGCGAGAGCAGCAGUCUUUGGAUGCUGAGCUGGCAAAGGAGACGUCUGAAGCGGCCGCCUGGACCACCGAGGAGCUAGAGGUGUCGUGUCGCCUGGAGCAGUUGCGAGCGCUGCAAGAGCAGUACGCGCGCACUGACGCUGAGCUGGCGUUCUGGGAGGCGCAGGACCGAGAAUGGCGUACUCGACUGGCUGAACUAGAACAAUACAUUGAAAGUCAGAAAAUUGCCAGCGCGAAGCUUCUGGAAAAUGCCCGAGAGCGUCGUCUGAAGCUUGUGAGAGACAAUCUGGCGCUCUGGACCGAGAAACUGGGACGAUGA